AUGCUUGGCAACCGUAUCAGGCUAGUGGCGAUGGCCCUGCUGGGCUUCGGUCUUCAAUCUGUGCGCUCCGAGAUUGCCAUGUUCCAGCACCCCAUGGAGGAGGUAAAAACGGCCAUCGCGCGUGAGCUGGUUCAGUAUCUGGAGAUGCGGACGAACGAGACCCAGAUUGACUUGCGCGAGCUUGAUGGCUCGGGAGACGCUUGCUGGAUCUCCCGUCACUCGCUGUGGGACUGUGGCCUGAAGUGCUACAUGAAGAGCACCUACAACUGGAAGCCCUGCGCUUCCGGGUGCGUUGCCAUCCAGGGCUUGAGCGGCAACUGCAACGCCUGCCUCUCCAACUUGGUGAGCUGCGUGCUCCUGGAGUGCGUUUCGCCAUGCGCCAGAAGCACUCACACGAAAUCCUGUGAAGGCUGCAUUCUAUCUGGCUGCAACAACAAAUGCUGGAACCCGUGA